AAAGGUUUUGCGGGAGCCCGCACUGUGGAGAACAUGACCCGGGUUUUCCUUUUGUGCUUUGUGAGAUGGACCCGACUUGGCUGGGAAAUGGGGAUCUCCGAUUUCGAGAAUGGAGUUACGUACCUGACUUGCCUGGACAUGCAGCGUGGUAGUCGAGAACUACUUCCUUUUUGGUAGGAUUCCCCUGCACAUUCCAAGUACCGCGUCUUCUACAGAGCACAAGGCCAGCUUCCGACCGCCAGCGAAUCCCCGGACCUGUCGCAAAACCCGUCCCGACGAGCUCCAGUACUUAAGACAGAAGACUCAUUGCCCAGACACCCAUUUUCAGUUCUAGCCUUCUUUUAAGAACAGUCACGCGUUGUGCCCCAUAACCAUAACCAUAUCCCGACACAUUCAUAGCCCCUCCCCCUCCCCCAGAACCAACCAUGGCAGGUCAACCCGGCAUCCUCUUCGUCAACUCGAAGAUCACCUCCGACACGCUGAGCGCCCCGACCUUCACCAGCUGGUACGAGGGCGUGCACAUCCCGGACAUCUUCGUCACCUCGGGCAUCAAGACGGCGCUGCGGUACGUAUCCACCGCGCCCGACGCCGUCGAGCGCCCGUAUCUGGCCCUGUACCCGGUCCGGGACGUUGGCUGGCUGUCCUCGGACGAGUUCAAGUCGAUCCCUGUGCACAGCGACGUGCUGCCCAACGAGAGCGGCGCCAUCUUCGAGCUAGCUGACUUUGACACGCGGUAUUACGUCACGCUAGGGAGGAAAGGGGGCGAUGGUGUCAAAGGCCCAGCAAACAGCAUCGUGGCAGUCACCCUCGACUCCACAACCGACGACAUUGACAGCCUCUGCGCCGCCUCCCUACCCCAGGGAUCAACCCCAGUCCGAUCCCGAGUCUUGAAGCUCAACUUCUCGCGCCAGAACCGCAACGCCGACGCCGACAGAGCGAUUCCCAAGCCGCCGGGCUACCUGGUUCUCCAUGAGUUUGGGUCUGCGCCUGAUAUUGGCGCGCUGCAAGCCAGGGAGGGCGUCACGGCGGCGUCGUUUAACCUGCUCAAGGCGUUUGGGGACGUGAAUGCUGAAUUCUGAUCUGGGAGGCAUGGUUUGGCAUUGCUUCGAGGACUAAUGGGGCAGCUAGAGGUGUAGCAGACUAAAGAGUUGGAAAUUCGAUUAUCAAUUGGCAAUUAAAAUCACGCUUUAUUUGGUU